UAGAUAAUGUUUGCCUGUCUUUGUGCCAACUAUAUUUAAUAACGUGUUGCUACUUACCCUCCUUAUUUAAUUCAAAUCUUCCCCUUUACAAAUUAUAGCUUUCUUCUACACAUUUUCAAGUUUUCUCAGCAACUAAAUUAAGCAAAGUCUUUCACCAAGAAGUUCCAAUGGCUGAUCCCAUCAUAUCAAGCUCUCCGUUGUUGGAUGAUAAUGUAAAUGAUAGAGGAAGCAUAAGCUUCUCUUGGGUUCAAAAAUUGAUCGACGUGGAAGAAUCAAAGGCUCAAAUCGUUUACUCUCUUCCAAUGAUAUUCACAAAUCUUUUCUUCUAUUGUAUCCCUUUAACCUCUGUGAUGUUCGCUUCUCACCUCGGCCAGCUCGAGCUUGCCGCUGCAACCCUCGCCAAUUCUUGGACAACCGUCACCGGUUUUGCGUUCAUGGUUGGUUUAAGUGGAGCACUGGAGACAUUAUGUGGACAAGGCUUUGGUGCAAAAAGCUACAGAAUGUUAGGGAUUCAUCUACAAUCAUCUUGCAUAGUCUCAUUAGUCUUCACCAUCUUCAUCUCCGUCUUGUGGUUCUUCACAGAAUCAGUUUUCGGACUUAUCAGACAAGAUCCUAACAUCUCAAAACAAGCUGCAAUAUAUAUGAAAUACCAAGCUCCCGGGUUACUCGCUUACGGAUUCUUACAAAACAUACUGAGAUUUUGCCAAACACAAUCAGUCGUUACUCCAUUAGUUGUCUUCUCAUUUGUUCCCUUGGUGAUUAAUAUCGGCAUAUCCUAUGUUCUGGUUUAUUUAACUAGCCUUGGGUUCAUUGGUGCUCCAAUAGCUACAUCUAUUUCAUUGUGGAUAGCUUUCCUUCCUCUUGGGACUUAUGUGAUCUGUUCCGACAAGUUUAAGGAUACAUGGACCGGAUUUUCACUGGAAUCAAUACGUUAUGUAGUAACAAACUUGACAUUAAGUCUCCCUUCUGCUGCUAUGGUGUGCUUGGAAUAUUGGGCGUUCGAGAUCCUUGUGGUCUUGGCAGGACUGAUGCCGAACCCGGAAAUAGCCACCUCUCUGGUAGCUAUAUGCGUCAACACGGAAGCAAUUAGCUACAUGUUAACAUAUGGACUUAGCGCAGCUGCAAGUACUCGUGUGUCGAACGAACUUGGAGCAGGAAAUGUAAAAGGUGCAAAGAAGGCGACUUCUGUUACCACCAAGUUGUCGUUAGUUCUUGCUCUUGGCGUAGUGGUUACUUUAUUUGUAGGUCAUGAUGGUUGGGUUGGGUUAUUCAGCAAUAGUCCUUUAAUUAAAGAUGAGUUUGCAUCAUUGAGAUUCUUCCUUGCUGCCUCUAUAACUCUUGAUUCGAUCCAAGGUGUUCUAUCAGGAGUGGCCAGAGGAUGCGGAUGGCAAAGGGUAGUCACGGUUGUAAAUCUAGGAACAUUCUACUUCAUUGGAAUGCCUAUUGCAGCCUUCUGUGGUUUCAAGUUGAAGUUAUAUGCCAAGGGUUUGUGGAUUGGUUUGAUAUGUGGGUUAUUUAGCCAAUCCUCAUCUCUCUUACUUAUGACAAUUUUCCGGAAGUGGACAAAGCUGAAUUCUUCGGUCUGAAAUAAGUUCAAUUUUCUACAGAGGCACAUUUAAAGAAUAGUUUGGAUUGUUAUAUACGUGAAGAUGAUAAUGCCAUUGUGCCGACAAAAAAAAUAUUAUGUUAAUUGCUUCUUAUUUUUUUUCAAAUCUAUCUAUGUUUAUUGGUAUUUGGUACCUAGAGAGAAAAUCUGGUUACUCUUCUCAAAAUGGGAUUGUGGCUCGAACAUUCUAGCACCACUGUAUGCAUAGUAUGCUUAUCUUAGACAUCAACCUUUUAUUGA